AUGGACAGCAGCGACCGCAUGUUAUGUCAUGCCUGUGGCGGGGUUUGGAUUAAGAAUGAUGAUUUGACGUGCCCGCACUGUGAAUCCGAGUUCACAGAAAUAGUACAGAGGAUGCUUUCUCUCUUGAUUUCUUUCAUUCUAACGCUGUCUUUUACUCUUAGAUUGAGAUUCCUCCAGAACUACCUGCCGAGGGCUUCCCCUCACACCAUGCUGACUCCCCGUCGCCUCCACGCGUCAACCCAUGGAUAG